AUGUCGUUGCACAUCUACAUUGCUCACACUGGGGAGCAUUUCCUGGCUGAUCCAGUGGCAUUUGCCUCUCCCGAUGCUUUGAAGUCAUGGAUCGUUCACAAUACAUCCAUCCCGCCUCCACGGCAAAUAUUGAUGACCGCCCGGGGAAAGAAUGUUAAGAUCCAGACACUCGCUACCGAGAACGAGAUAUUUGUAUACGACCGACAAUAUGUUAGUGAACCAGGCGACGUCCAAUUUCCAGAACUACCUCCUCCUGAACCAUUUCAACCCGGUAGCCCCCCAGCUACGCUCAAAGACCAGAACGACCUUCAGGCAUGGCGGAACCUAUACAUGGCACGGCGCAACUGGGCACUGGACUUGUCCAGUCGCUGUGGGCCGAUUGAUAAGAAUAUCCGAGAACAUAACGAUCGAACGGAUGUUAUAAACCGCGCGGUGGGCGUGGCUCUGGAGAAUCUCAAGUCUCAUGUGGGUAACCUAGAGCAUCGGUUCCAGGAGGCACAGUCGUGGGCGAAUAGUCUUUUAGAAGAGCAGCAGGCUGCUUUAGAUGGCUGGCAACGAGCUCUUUCCACCCUGGAUAACAUCCCGGCGCGUAAAGACUUCCCUCUUCUUGGACGUCCGUCCACACCCAAAAUGGAUAAGGAUCGACCAACCGGAACGCUGCGUGACUUUGUCGACGUAGGCGAAGUCCAACGGGCUGGAUCAGAGGCAGCGACUGUGUCGACGGCCUUUGCUAAUAGCGUCCAGGACAUCGAGAAAACAAUCGGUGACAUCGCCUCGGACACUCAGCAACUGGUGGACGAGGCCCUUGCGUCAAAUUUUGACGGGGUGGAUGGGCUGCUGGAAGAAGUGGAGACUAUUGCGAAGAAGAUUGCGUCUGAUUAUGAGCAUGUUCGCAACCUGCCGAACAACCAGAAGACUUUGGCCAAUAUAUCAAGGCUUGCAUUCAGCCAUACCCAGGACCUUCUUCCAUCGUUGGCGGAGACCAGCGUCGAGCUUCAAGCUGCCCUAGAUAACGCUGUGAAGCGCCGAGGGUCAGUGGAGAAAACGGCUAUUGAGCAUAUGCGCACGAUUUCCUCCCUUGAGUCUAGACUUGCCGACGCCCAUGCACGAAUGGUCAAUCUCGAUGUGGAGAGCAACGCGUUUGAUGUUAUCUACUCUGUCUUCCACAUGCCAAUGGUGUAUGGGUCGAUUCUUAUUGAAUCCGUGCGGCGACGAGAAUGGAGUGAUAAGAUUAAGACUGACUCCCUGACGCUGGCCGAGGAGAUGGCGGUGUUGAGAGAUGAAGAGCAACGUCGCAGAAAAAAAUGGCUAAAAAACAUGGGAGAUUUCACGACUGUGACUGACUGCACCGCUCCAGGAAUUGAAGUCAACCUUCAGGGCCGGGAUGACGAAUGGCCUGAUGUAGCUCGGAAAGAGAUUGAGUAUUACAUCGACGAUUUGAAGACCACUCAUUCCUUGACCAACUUGGCGGAAGAGCUUACAAAUCAACUCAAGGAGCUGGAUGCGCCCACUCGGCAGCAAAGGCGACGGGCCAAAGCGUUUAAACAAGGCAGCGUAUUUGACUUGAGCCGGAGCUCUAUAUUACGCGCCGAUGACUCUGUCCGUAGCUUACAAGAAGAAAAGACAAAGCUAGAAGAAAGAUUGAAGGGAUCUGACAGUCGUGUUCGGAAAUUGGAAGACCUUCUACAUCGUCAGAGUCAGUUCAGCCGGCCAUCCAGCGGCAACUUUGGCCCAGACUUCCCCGGUUCACCUGCAUCUCCACACCCCGAUGCACUCUCUAGACGGUCAUCCGUCUCUUCGAGGCGGGUUUCAGCUACUCAGUCUCCCGAAGACAAAGCACUCAUCCAGCGUAUUGUUACGCUUGAAGCAGAGCUGGCGGCUGAGAGAGAUGCGAUGCAGCGACUCCAUAAGGAGGCCCAUGCUGAGCGGCAAACCAAUUCUGACAAGUUCCAAGAAGCCCAAUCCACCAAAAAGGACCUCAUAGGCAACCUUGAAGCGCGCCAACGCGAAUUCGAAGAUGAGCGCCGAUAUCUUGACUCAGAGUUAAAGAAGUUCAGACUCCGUGCCGAGGAAAUGGAAGAGGAGCUUGAUCGACUUAUGGAUAGUAGAGAGCAUGGAAGACAAGAGGCUGAUGAUCGGAUGCACCAGCUCGAGGUCGACCUCCAAAAUGCUCAGGCAAAUUCCGCCGACGACGCACAGAAAAUAAUUGAUCUUAAUGCACAUAUUCAAAAUCGGCAAGAGCGAGAAGAAAGCCUCCAGGCUAAGAUUUAUGAACUUGAGCAACGCCAAGCGGAGUUCGAGCAAAAACACCAGGAAAGUUACCAAGAUCUCCAAGCUAUCUUCAUGAACCUCUCGCCUGGAGGCAUUGUGCCUGUCGAACUUCCCGACAUAAUCAAAGCCAUUGAGGUUCUGUCUGAGGGUUUGUCGAUCCAUGCCAAGAGCGCGGAAUCGAAUGCAUCCCAGGCAAUUACCGAGAACAAGGCCCUUGAAGAAAAAAUUGUGAAAUUUGAGUCGGAGGCGGAAGAGCGGACAAAGAGCUUCGAAGAAUGCGAGGCCGAAUUAUCGCGACUAACUGCAGAGCUCUCAUGCAUGCGGUCAAAGUCAGAGGACUUGUCUGAUGAGCUGGACAAAGAGCGAUCUAAGUUCAAUUCCUUGCAGUCUCAAAUAGCCGCCGGGGAGAGUGGCUCCGAGGCCCUGCGUCAACAGAUCGCCGAAGAUGAACGGAAACAGGCAGAGCUGUCACGACAACUGGCUGAAGCUGAGGGCGAAGCUCGAAACUUGAAAGAUCAGGCUGCGGAAUGGGAGAAGAAAUCAGGGGUCACUUCGGAGACCGAAAAGCAGGCUGUGACGUGGUUCGAAGCUCGGGGUACCAAGUCCCUUGAGCUUUCAAAUCAACUCUUCGCGCAGGUUGAGAAGCUAGGUCGGAUGCUUGAGCAAUUAGGGUUCACCAUCAUCCGGCAAGACGGUCAUCUCCUCGUUCAGCGUGCUUCGAAGCUCAGUGCAUCGUUGGGACUGGGUGAAAGCCUCGCUCAGUCGGGUAUUGUAUCCCUAAAGCCGGAUACAGCGCUUCUGGACUGGAUGCAAGCUGAAAGCUUGGAGGAUGAAGAGACCAAAUUUUCAGAUUUCAUGGAAAGUCUAGCCCAGUUCGACGUGGCCCUAUUUGGUGAUGUUGUUGUCAAACGCGUCAAGGACAUUGAACUCCUAGCCCGUAAAUGGCAAAAAGAAGCUCGAGGCUAUCGUGAAAAAUACCACCGAGUUCAGAGCGAGGCCCAUGACAAGAUUGCUUACAGAUCCUUCAAAGACGGCGACCUUGCUCUCUUCCUGCCUACACGGAAUCAGGCCAUUCGCUCCUGGGCAGCCUUCAACGUGGGUGCGCCGCACUAUUUCCUGCGCGAGCAAGAUUCACACAAGCUACAAUCUCGAGACUGGCUUCUCGCUCGCAUCACUAAGAUCGAGGAACGAGUUGUAGAUCUGUCUAGGUCAAUGAACGGUGUUACACCAGACCGUCGCUCCCUCGGGAAUGCCAGCGAUGGCGCCUCUCUUGAAGACGAGAAUCCAUUCGAGCUUUCAGAUGGCCUCCGUUGGUAUCUCCUCGAUGCCGUAGAAGAGAAACCCGGUGCGCCUGCUACACCAGGUAUAGCGAAGAGUACAGUUGCAUCGGCGCAUGUCGAUGCCAAGGGUAGUAUCCGCCUCAAACGUGGUACGGAGGAGGGUGGUGUUGCCAAAACCCUAUCUAGGAGCCUUGAUAGCCGCCGGGAGAGCUCGAAUUCCAAGCGGGGCACCCCCACGCCGUCGCAGCACGCCGGCGAAUCCACGACUGAUCUUGUGCGCCCCGCCGAAGCUGAUGCAGGCUCGCAGCCACGAGAGGCUGCUCCGAUCUUCGACGAGGUUCGCCGUGACCUGCUCUCCGGCCCGUGA